UAAUAAAGCAAGUCACUGGUGAAACAGAAAAGAUGGUACUAAUUACUUUUAAAGUUUAUAUCACUAACUAAAACUAGAGUUAGUUACUCAAUUAGAUAUCUGGCGUUGCUCGGCUUUCACGAUCGGUAAUCAAGAGACGGCCAAUGAAACGCUCAAUCAGCGAGGGCGAUUUGUCCCCGUCGUCUUCGAAGAAGAAGAAGAAGAAGAAGCACCAUGAAUCUGAAGAUCUGGAGUCCGAUUUGGCUCCACCGCCCAUCAGAUGCUCAAUCAGCGAUGGGGAUUUCAUCAUCACGAAAGAGGAGGAGAUGGACACAGACCAUGACGCUGAAUAUCCUCCAAUCCAUGUUGUUAAUCUGGAAUCGACUAUGGUGAAUCCACCACCACCCAUGAGAUGCGACGAUCCUCCUCCGAAUACCUCCCCUGCUGUGCGGGUUUUCAAAUUCAACUUCAUCAUGAAUAAAACUGACCCCAAAGUUUUCUUGGACAAGGCUUGGAUACUUCUAAAGCCAGCUCUCACAAGCAUCUUGCAUGAAGAGAACCUAGACCGUUUCUACUUCGGUACUAUUAAUCAUGUAUUUGAAACAUGUCAAUCCAAGGGUUGGUGAGGAGAAGAAAAAAUGCAGAAGCCUCUCCCUUUUCUUUAUAUUCCAGGAUGAGCUGCUUGAAGUUGUCUACAGGGAACUCCUGGGGGUUCAUGCUUGUGCCAUUCUUGAAAAGGGUUUUGAGAAGCUAAUGGAUGAAAGACACUUUGAGGCCCUUCGUAUCAUGUAUGAUCUCUUCUCCCAGGCGGAUUUAGUGGGUCAUAUCAACGAUGCCCUGAGCUCCUACAUUUGUCAAACUGGAGAGAAGAUUCUAAAAGAAGAAGGCUCGUCUCUCGCUGAGUUCAAGGCUCACGUUGAUAAGAUAUGUUGUACUUACUUUUGCGAAGAUCCUUUGUUGGAGAAGACUGCCCAAAAGUGUUUUGAAGGUCUUGGAAUGUCUCUCUCUCCUGGCCAUUUUCCUUUCCUGGAUCCAUCCGACGAGGAGAUGUUUGAACUAGGAAGCUCAGGGCCUCUUCCUACGAGUCAUUGGUGUUUUUAACAAGGGUGUUUUUAUUAUGUUUCACUUUUAUUAUGUCUCACGUUUUACUAGUCCCCAUUAAAUUGCUACGAUUGAAUUUCGGCCAUGUUGCUUUUGGAUGUUUCUUUUUAUUAUUAUCAUCAUUAUGAAUUGUUCACCUCAUAGCUCUGAGAGCACUUCU